AUGCCUCCGCGACGUCAACAAGACCUCCCAGUUGAGAGCAGUUGGCGCCUAGUCGAGGGUGGCGAAAAUGACAGCUUCGACACCUCUAUACUCCCUGAUCUCGAGGACGAUGAGGGUUCCCUAUCCACAGACCCAUCGCAGAUUCCUUCGCAGUCAUUCAGCAUCAGCGGCUCACAAGAGUCCCAUCACAGCGUUCAGGACUUCAUGAACAAGGCAGACGAUGAACGCGUCAUUCUCCGUUCGCCCUUCCAACCUACCGUUCGUCGGGAUCCCAACCGUUCUCCGGACCCGGAGUUUGUCAUGCCGUCGAUGCGCUUCAGCGCUACUCCCGGUAGUAGUACCAGCCCCCGGCAGAACAGUGGCCGGUCAUCGCGGACCAUUCGCCCGGGUGAUGAUCCAUAUCAGCAGCAAGAUGUACGGCGCCGUGCCAUGCGUCAAGCAAGCACCGGGAGCCCCGUGAAGGUGCGGCGCGGCGAUCCCAGCAGAGGUAGAGGCUACUACGACAAUACGGCAGAGGAGCAAAGAACUGUCACAGAACGCCUGUCAGAAUCUUUACCAGUCGCAAUAUUCAACAUCCUGGCAUGGGUCUUUAAUGUCAUUGGUAUGGCUCUUAGCUACAUCCAAAAGCCAUUGGCGCUUUGCUUGGCUAUUUGGCUCUUCUUUGGGGCCUCCAUCAUGCUCCAAAACUUGGUUACCAAGUCAAUAACAACAUCUCUCUCGCCGCUUUGUCGUAUCCCAGGAGCGGCAUAUCUAGACCUUCCGUUCUGCCCUUCGUUCGCUUCGUCUACCAGCGGUGGCCAAGACCCUAGGUCUUCAAACGUCGAGUUUGACGAUCUCAUGAACGUUCAGUCUCAGUUUGAACAGGUUCUCGAACGCAGCGCCGACGGUGUUUCUUUGCCCAUGGAAAUGAAGCGCUCCGAGUCAUCGAUCCGUGACUUGCGUACCAUGGUUCGCUACUCGGAAUUGCCGCAGCGGGAUGAGCUUGUCUACGAAUUCAACGAGUAUAUCGAGACUGUGCGUUUAACAGCUGCUGAUUUGCAAAAGUUCAACGUUCAUGUCGGAUCCGCUGUUGAUUCCGUUAUCUCCAUCAACCGCUGGACUUCUCGCUACCUGGACACACUAUCUGCCUCAGAGACCACCGACGUUGGUGUCAUCUCUCAGUGGACCAGCUGGUUUUUCUACCCAUUCACGCCUACCGUAACGCCAUUCUCAGAACGGACCCUUCUCGACAAGUACAUUGAGCAUACUGCUAUGGUUUCCGACCGCAUCUCUUCGCUUAUUGUUGAGGCACAAGGGGUGCUACUUCUCCUGACAAAAGCCGAGGAGAAUCUCAACCAAAUUUACGAGCUUGUCACGCGUUCGUCGAACUCUGUCAAGUCUCGCCGCGACGAGGUUCUUUGGACGUUGUGGACCCUUGUCGGGGCGAAUAACAAACGACUGCAUAACCUCAACGCCCAACUCUCCCUACUUCGACAGGUGGACCGCCAGCGCAGCACGGCAGUCGCUCAGGUAUCGGCGCUCAUAGUCGACCUCGAGAAGAUUCAGGCUGGCCUGGGUGAUCUUCGCGACCGCGUCGCCGCGCCGGAGCUUGCGCGUGACUCAACCGCCGCAGUCCCGCUGACCGUGCACAUCGAGACGAUCGACCGCGGUGUGGAACGGCUUGAGGAUGCACGGCAGCGAAUCCGCGCCAACGAGAACGAUCGCAUUCGCGAGGCGUUGGUGAGGGGCGGUAACAAGGAGGACGAUAAGCUCAUUGACGGCCGAUUAUGA